AUGUCAUCAUCUUGGUCCUGUCCAACAGCAACAACCACAACCACAACGGACACAGAAGAUCUUUUUGCUCCCCACAAUAUUGAAUAUCUCAAAAAGUUUAUACAGUAUGUGAAAGCGAAUCCAAAUGUUAUUACUGAACGAUCCGAUUUGAACUUUGUCAAGGAAUUCCUUCUCAAUGAUGUUCCGAGUUUGUUGAUGGAUACUGUAUCAUUGCCAACAAACGAAGAACAAGUAACAACAACAACAACAAUUACUAGUACUACUACUCCUCCAAUUCCACAUUUUACUGUUGAAAAUCACAAAUUUCCUGGCAUUUUCGUAUUACGAGACUCUCCAAACUUGAUCCCUGUUUGGCUUGCCACUAAAAACUUGAUUCCAACAUUUCAUCAUAAUGACGAUCGAGAUUCUAUUCACACAAUUUCUGGUAUUGAAUAUAGAAUUUGGAAUCCAUUUCAUUGUAAAUUAGCAAGUUGGAUUUCGGGUGGAAUUGAUAAUUUUUCAUUGGCACCUGGAAAACGUGUCUUGUAUCUUGGAAGUGGAGGAAAUGGACAAGAAACCAUUUCACACAUUUCUGAUAUUAUUGGAGAAAGUGGUGUCAUUUAUUCCAUAGACAUUAAUUCGACACGUGUUGAAAUGAUUAAGAAACAACACUUUGCAAGAUUUAAUGUUAUUACAAUAUUGGGAGAUGCUUCUCAACCUGAAAGUUAUUCACAUUUAAUCGAUCCUGCAAGUAUUGACACUAUUAUAUUUGAUAUUUCUUCAAGUGCAAGUGCAAUGUGUCAAAUGUUGGCUAAGAAUGCAAAACUCUUCCUUAAAGAAGAGGGUGACUUUCUACUUCAUACAAAGGCAUUGGAAGAGGGUUCAUCAGCAACUCAUUGCUUUGACACUGUUGUUAAAUGCUUAAGAGAACAACGAUUGAAACCUAAAGAAAUGCUUACCAUGGAACCAUUUAGGAAUAAUGAGGCAGUGAUUUUGGGAGGAAAAUAUAAGGAGGAAGAAACAGUUAAAGUCAAUGCUUAA